AUGGCAUCGUCAAAUUUGCGGCAGCGCAACUAUCUAGUGCCGCCGUCUUCUUCAGAUACGGACUCCGAUUCCUCCGCCGCCCAGCUCGCCAAGGUAGAGAGGCGCAAGAAACGGAAACGAGAUGCCAACGUCUACGACGCGGUAGCCGGCCGCGUCACGACGACACGUGCCCUAGAUGACGGGUCUGACUCGGAAACUCUCUUCCAGCGUCGCCACCGCAGCACUCUGCGCGAUCCGACGCUGGCCCCGGAGGAGGUGUUGUUUCAGCGCGCCAGAGCCCCCAUUAGAUAUGCCGAAAAGGACAUAUACAACGCGCACGAGCGGCUGCCGGAGGGCGGCCGAGAGGUCCUACCCGACAGCGACAUGCUCAAGGCUAUCCACGGCUAUGCUGCUCACUUCUACUCGGCACUUGCCGAUUCAUCAGUGCGCCGCGAUAAGCACGGCGUCUCGGGUACUCAGAGAAGCAUCGAUGAGGGCAGCAUGGACGAGACGGCCCUCGUGGCCUUUGGGAUUCUGCUGGAAGAGGCGGCACGCGACGCGCUCGGCAAGAAGGGCGACCUCGUUUUCACUGAAGGCGCUGAUGCCAACCCCAGAAGCUCUACAGGAUUGGCGGAAAGCCAAACUGUCGGCUUCCUGGAUGUUGUUGAUGCUGGAGCCCACUCGACAAGAGGCAGAACUCGAUCAUAG